UUUACGCAACUGUUGUUGAUUAUCAUCCCGAUGCAGAUGCGCAGAAUCCAGUUCAUAGCCUCUCCGACACUUUGGGUGGAAGUAAUUAUAGAAAGAACAAGUUGGAAAAUUAUUAUCCACUUUUUCAGGAUAUCAAUGUUAUGGUCUUUAUCGGCUUUGGUUUCUUGAUGACGUUUUUGAAGAAAUAUGGAUAUAGAGUUUUGGGACUAAACAUUCUUUUGGCCUGCAUUGCGGUACAAUGGGGGAUCAUCAUGCAGGGUUUGUGGCAUCAUCGUCAUGGCAAGAUACGUGUUGGCAUAACCAGCCUUAUAAAAGCUGAGUUUGGUUCUACAACAGUGCUUAUUUCACAUGGAGCCUUGCUGGGAAAGGUCAACCCUGUUCAAUUGGUUGUGAUGACAAUGAUUGAAAUUACCAUCUUUGGGUGCAAUGAACACCUAGGUCUUGAAAUCUAUAAGGUAACUGAUAUUGGAGGUUCUAUUUUCCUCCACACCUUUGGUGCCUACUUUGGUCUGGCGGUUUCUUUUGUAAUAUACUGGAAGAAACUUCAGGAUCCCUCUAAAGACCAAACAAUGGGUCAUUCCGAUGUUUUUGCAGUGAUUGGUACUAUCAUUUUGUGGAUAUUCUGGCCUAGUUUUAACUCUGCUCUGGGACUCGGAGAUGAUCGUCACAGAGCUGUUAUCAACACUUACUUGUCUCUCACGUCAUGCACUAUAACAAGCUUCGCCCUGGCUUCUAUAGUAGAUGAAAAGGAUAAGCUGAAUAUGAUCCACCUUCAGAACGCAGCCAUAGCUGGAGGGGUUGCUAUAGGAACAUCAGCUAACCUAAUGACACAGCCGUAUGGUGCAAUGAUAAUUGGAUGCUUAGCUGGAGUCUUUUCAGUUCUGGGAUAUCGCUUUCUCACACCGUUUCUGGCCAAAUGCUGCAGAAUCCACGACACCUGUGGAGUCAAUAAUGUGCACGGAAUGCCGGGAAUAUAUGGAGCUCUGGUUAGUGCAAUUAUUGCGUCACUAGCUUCAGAAGACACCUAUGGUUAUAACUUGUACGAAAUAUUUGGAUAUAUGUCACCACCAGCCCAUUCCAGCAAACACGAAGAUAUCCAAAAUAACAUGAUUGAAAUAAAACCUGGACAGGGCAGAACGGCAAGUCUUCAGGCAACUUACCAGCUCAUCGCCUUGGCCACAACCCUGGCAGUCGCAAUCGGAGGCGGAAUUGCUACUGGCCUAAUCUUGAAGCUACCUUUCUUGGAUUCUUCCAAGGAAGAUGGACAAUUUUUGGAAGAAUCGGAAGAAGAGGGACAUUAUUUACCUCCAUGUUCCAGUCACAGAGAGGACGAUACAAAAGUCUGAUUUAGGAGAGCAAGUGUUUUUGCUGUUAUACUCCAUGAAUGACCUAAAGAGUUUUCCUUGCUGUUGUUUGCAUCACUGUUCUUUUAACCCUAAUAUUAUUCCCCCUUGCUUACUAGACUUUUCUAUCUCCUUUUACAACAUUUCCCUUAUUAAUUAUUUUUUCCUAAAUUACUCCUUUAUAUCUCUACGGGAUUGUUUCUGUUCCCCUUUUAUAUUAAUUUUAUUUGCUCCACUUUCCGAUCUAACAUCCUGUCAUAUCAUCCUUACCAAUUUUGUUCUGGAUUAUUCGGGUUUUCAUUUAUGUAAUGAAAUAUUAUAAUUCGCCCCUUUUCAUCAGCAUUUCUUAAUUUUGUCUAUCUUCCUUUUUGCAGCACCCUUACCAUCUUCAUUUGUUACACCAUUGUUACCUUCUCUCUAUACUGGACUGUAACUGUCUAUCCUCCUUUUCUUACCCACUUAUCACUCAUACUUACUUCGUUUUUCUGUGUUGUGCUACGAUACAUUUUCCUAUGUAUUGGACUGCUCCUAUUCCCUCGUUACUCUACACUCUGUUGAUAAUGGAUUAAUUCUCACUAUUUAUGCUCACUUUACGUAUCAUUUUAUUCACAGUUUAUUUGACUAUUUCAGCUGACCUCUCUUUAUAAGAUUGUUCUUGUCUUAUACCUUCUUUUACUCCACUAUUCCUCUUAAUCUACUAUACAAUUUUUCCAACUUAUUCCAAGCCACUCUUCUCUUCUCGGUUUAAUGAACUGAUUCUAUUUCUUUCUUUGGCACAAAUCCGUCUUCCUCUGUCUAAUAAAACACCUUUCAUUCGUCUGACUACUGGAAUAUUUCAAUUGCAUCCCUUUUAUUGGGCUCUUAUGUGCAGUAUUAACGGAACUGUUCCUUUAUAUAGCUAUUUUGGUUGUUGUUGCUUGAGUUUUCUACUCUUCCUUAUCUUAUCGGUUUAACUUAUACUUUUAUUUAUCACACGACUCUCUUCCUCCGCCUAAUUGAAUAUUUUACCUUGCUCUCCCUUUACAAUUUUCUUCCCUCCAUUGGCUUUAAGACUUUUCCAACUUAUUUCCCUGUUAUACAACCCACUCUUCAUUGACGAUUUCAGCUUCAAGUACUUUAUUUUACUGUAUUCUCUUUGUAUUUGUUUCUUCUUGUGUAAGAUAAUUGACUAACUAAUUUUCUUUAAGAUAGAACUAACAAGAUGAAAACGUUGAACACUUCAGUAACUUUAAAUAUACGAGAGAUGUUCAGAAAGAAAUGGGAUAUUCUUUUUAACGUGCAUAUGAAGAAUCUCCCAGUAAGUUCACGGACAGAACGCUAAAUCCGGGGUUCAUUUCCUCGUGGUAGAGAAAGCACAAGUAGUGCAUUCUGUAGCUUUAUGCUAAAAACAACAACAAACAACAGCAUACGAGUAAAUUGGACUGUAAAAUAAUCAUGUUAAUACGUCAGUAUCCGUCUUCUGGCUGAAAACGUUCUUCUGCAACACGAAUAAUGCCAGAACACAUAACUUAUUGCGUAGGGACGCAAUUGAUAAAUUCGGAUGGAUGGUCCUUUUCCAUUUCGCAUAUUGUUCAAGAACGGUCGACAACUGAUGUUUUAACACUUCGCCUGUAUUACUAUUAAAGUGGAAGAAUGAAGCUCACCGAACAAUACAGGAGGAAAUGCAUGGUAAUUAACGGGAAUUACGUUAAGAAUGGAUGUCGUUCACGUUCUCAAAACCAAUAAAUUACGUUUGGAAUUUAAUAUGGUUGCCCUAUUAAUAUAUAAAAUCCUGUUUCAUUCUAAACAUUCAAGUAUUGUAUUGAAUAAUAUUUUAAUGAACAUACCAUAUUUUUUUGCAGCCAGUUGGUGAAAGUUAUGUUUAUUAGCACAUAAUUAUUUUUUAUAAUCACUUCAGUUCUAGAUAAGAACGCUAUCGUUCAGUUCCAUCAUGUUAAGUGUAAAACACAUCAGAAUUUAUAAUAUUCUAUAGUUAAGGCAUGUUUAAGUAAUAUUACGAGUGACAAGCAAACAAUAAUUUUGAAGAAUUCGAAUGCUUGUAAGAAUAUCUAAUGUUUUUUGUUUUUUUGCGAAAUAUCGGUUUCCAGUUUUAACUUCAUAUUAUUAUUAUCAUCUUUAUUUUUAUAAAUGACCAAUUUCUCAUCACAAUGCCACAGAUUUUUUUAUAUGAAAUAUUUAACUGUACUGUCUUUGUAUUUGUCUUGCUAGUAUUUUUAGAAUUUCUUUAUUGUACACACACAUAUAUAUAUAACAAUAUUAAAAUAGUGAAGUAUCGUUAUUUAGAUAAUCAACAUGUAAAAUAUAUCAUUAAUCUGAUGGACUUUUCACGUCAAAUAUAAAUGAAAAUUUAAAAAGCGUAUACGUAUAAGAAUAUUAAUUAGUUCUCAAAUUCCCUUAGAAUGACUUUUCCUCCGUCUAUUGAUAUAAAAAAUAAGGUUUAAUGUUAUCACUAAAACCCUGUCCUUGAUGUUAAAUUUUGAAAGAAAUACUCUUUAAAACGCCAAGAAUUUUGAGUGAAACGAAUUUCUCAUUUGUCUAAUAAACCUAUUAGUUAAUCACGGAUUUUUUGAACAAAUGUUUUGAAUGAACAACAUUCAAGCAUUAAAUUCAUGUUUGAUGCACAAAAAAGCUCAUGUUCGCCUCUU